UGUAUAUGUGAUUUCGUUUUCUUUACAAGGGCCUUAACGGCUGCAGUGGCUGGUGAGCUCACUGAGCGAUGUCACAGAAACAUCCGACGUUCGAGGGAAAAUAUAAACAAAAAGAGAACUUUAUGGACACAAACAUAGCAUAGAGUUGAUCAGUGUCGAAGAACUGUGAAAACUUCGAAGGAGAAUGAAGCGCUUCUUUAAACCAGUGGAGAAGGACGGGCCAUCGAAGAAGCCCUCUGUUUCAUCAUCUGAAAAGGAAGACGGUGAGAAUAGAGACGUAUCAGGUGAGGACAAGAGAGAUCCGUUGAAGUUCUUGACCUGGAAUGCCAAUAGCUUUCUUCUGCGAGUCAAGAACAACUGGCCCGAGUUCACCAAGUUCGUGACAAGUUUCGAUCCUGAUGUCAUUGCAAUACAGGAAGUAAGGAUGCCUGCGGCUGGUUCAAAGGGUGCACCUAAAAAUCCAGGAGAACUAAAAGAUGAUACAAGCUCAGCACGCGAAGAAAAACAGAUUUUGAUGCGUGCCCUUUCAAGUCUGCCCUUUGCAAAUUAUCGUGUUUGGUGGUCUCUUGCAGAUUCAAAGUAUGCAGGAACUGCACUAAUGGUAAAGAACUGUUGCCAACCAAAAAAGGUCUUCUUCAAUCUUGACAAAACAGCUUCAAAGCAUGAACCAGAUGGCCGGGUCAUUUUAGCUGAAUUCGACACCUUUCGCUUAUUGAAUACAUAUGCACCAAACAAUGGCUGGAAAGAGGAGGUAAACUCAUUUGUAAGGAGAAGGAAAUGGGAUAAAAGGAUAUUGGAGUUUGUCCUUCAGUCUUCAGAUAAGCCUCUUGUAUGGUGUGGUGAUCUGAAUGUUAGCCAUGAAGAGAUCGAUGUGAGUCAUCCAGAAUUUUUCAGUGCAGCAAAGCUCAAUGGUUAUGUUCCUCCAAAUAAAGAGGACUGCGGGCAGCCUGGAUUUACCUUGGCUGAAAGGACUCGUUUUGGUACCAUAUUGAAAGAGGGAAAGCUAAUAGAUGCAUAUAGAUUCCUGCACAAGGAGAAGAACAUGGAGUGUGGCUUCUCAUGGUCUGGGCAUCCCGUUGGGAAAUAUCGUGGAAAAAGGAUGAGAAUAGACUAUUUCAUAGUUUCAGAGCAACUCAAAGAUAGGAUUGUUGCAUGUGAGAUGCAUGGGCAAGGGAUUGAAUUAGAAGGAUUUUACGGCAGUGAUCAUUGCCCAGUUACACUUGAGCUUUCACAGGGAUGCUUCAAUUCCAAGCACGAUGAAGUUUCUGCAUAAAAUUUAGCAUGUUUAAUGAUGUCAUUGCCUUGCACUAGAAGAUUACUUUGUGAGGUUAUUAAAGGGAGCCCUAAGGCUGUUUUUCGAGACACUUCCUAAUGUUUGUAGCAAGAACCUACGACUACAUAUGCACAUGGAAAAUCAAUCAGCAGCAUCUUAACCAUUUUCUUGGGCUAA